AUGACCACUAGCCCUUUUUCUCUUGGAUCCGAGUCUGGUUCUGACUUCUUCGAUGAUGAGGAGGAAAUAGUUGUCUGCAGCGACAAUGAAUUCGAUGAAUCUGGGAUCGAUGACGACAGCUUUGCCGCCGACGACACGAGUUCUGCCACCGAGAGUCUGAUGGUGCCAUCGGAGGAUUCCAGCGGCAUCCAAGGUGGCAGCGGCCUCCAAGGUGACCUACGGCACUUGAUGUUGGCCAUAGACGCCUAUGUUGCCCAAGUAGCUAAUCAGCAAACAGAUAAUGGUCCGGUAAAUGCAGAACCACGUGGUAGUUGUUAUGUUUCAGAAUAUGGAGUAUAUUCAGUUCUCUCUCAGGAUAAUAUAAAAUAUAAUAAUUUUGGUGUAUCAACUUGCCAAAUAAUCUUUCAGGUUUUUUCACUGCCGCUUCCCGGCUUUGAGACUCUUCGUCCCGGCCCAACCCUCGGCGAACACUUCUCAGUCGAUGCCAUGAACAUGGCCACCAUGCUGCUAGAGGCGGCAGCUAACCAGUGUGAGCCCCGCCUGGUCGUGGGAGAAUCCACAGUGCGAUCCAUUGCCCACGGCCUAAGCUUGGCUAUUGGAAACACAUCCCUGGAUGGCUUUGUGGGACAAGGGCGAUACGGAGAGGGUCGUUUAGUAGCCACCAUUCUAGUCAAUAGCGAUACGGGCGUGGUUUCAGCCUAUGCGGUUGCCCAGUUGGAGCCUUAUCUUAUCGCCGAUGCCACCACCGGGGUUGUGCUGGGCUCGAUGCUCUACCACGUGACUCGGGGCUUUGCUAUCGAUGAAAUAUCCCGCAAUUCUGUGACCGAUGCUGCAAGACGUCCCCUCUUGAGUUCUAACAUGAUUCCGUUAGAGUAAGUGUCCCAUCUUUCAAAAAGGACAAUGUUUAACUUAUUUUAACCAAAUCGCAUUUAUUAUUAAUGAGUUUAACGUUGAAUUUUUAACAAAACAACAUACAUAUCGAUAUUUGUGAAAACAGACUAGCAUGAAACAUAAUUUUUGCCAAACCAUUUAAAAUUGUAAUCUAUAAUUUUAUUAAAAGACAAGAGAUUAUUGCAAAAA